GUCGUGUUAGCGUGCCUUCAUAUCGUGAAAAUGAGCAGUAAUAAUUGCAAUUUGUCUUGUUGCUUGGUUGGUUCCUUAAUCCGUAAACAAAACCCAUCGCUAGACAACCUAUAUAAUAGACGCAAAAAACGCUUAGAAAAUUACACUCAAAAUCAUGGUGUCAUGCAAUAUAGGGUAGAGUUAAUAGAAAAUAUCGCAGCGUCUUAUAAAGAAGGUGAUUUAUACACUCGAGUCACUGCUGAUAUAAAUGUCAUACCGACAGGCAAAGUUGCGUCCGUCCUGGUUUGUGUAAAUAUUACACCACAUUGCGGGUCAUGAACUUCACUCGUAUUACAACUGAUUAGUUUAAAACCUUCGUGUGUGUAUUUCAUCUGCUUCUAUCUGGUUUCAUUCGUAGCCCUAGAGAUUGUAACUCUUCUGGGCCUGUUUGAGAGUCUCUGUACAGCGUCAGUCAAGCAACUGGGUUUCAACCGUUGAACCGGGCCGGCGAUCUGCACGUCAGUAAUAGAUCGAGAACAUGGCUGAGUUUCGACAUUUAUUAAGCCACCUUGUGAUUCAGAGAUUUUCAGGUUAAAAACUCCGGAUUAACGAACCCCUGCAACCUAAGAUAAUUAUGAUAAAUCUAGGAUUAUUUCAUUUGUUGCUGCAUGAAUGAUCUCGUUCACGUUUCUCGUGACACAAUGUUGCUAUGUCGGUACAAACUACAAUGUAAGUUCCAUCAAAAUAAAGUGUCGGGAUUUGAAUGUCUUAAUUCUACUCUUCUUCCAUUCAUCUUAUUCUAUGAGUAAAGAAAAGCAUGCAUCAUACCAGUCUUAUUGGCACAGGUGGAUGUUAGGGGAAAACGUGCAACGGUUGAUCCGUUGAUGGAAUUCCCAACCAAUGAAGCACGGUUUGUACCACGCCGUAGACCGCAUAGUUGACAACGAAAACCUUCCCGAAUUUUUAUUCAGAUACAUCGGCUACUGUCCACAAUUCAAGUACCAAAUCGGCGAGACAUUUGGCAGAACAACCUCACAGCUUCUCACAGAUUCACGAAUCGCUAGUUCUGGUCAGCCUGUACUCUCACCUCUCGAUCCCAAUCCACCUGCGCCCGAUCAAAGGCGACAGCUGAUAUCGAGACGAGCUUUCAAACUUGGAGAUCAAAAGCUGUUUGAGAAGAUGGUCCCUGGUUAUACAGGCUUCAUCCCUAAAAGUGAACAUCAUUUUGGGAAACGCUAUGCAGAGACGAGCCUUAGUUCAGUGGCAAGCUUCGAGGCAGACCAGGAGUUCAACAGACGUCGCUUGCGAGACCUUCAGACUGUUCAAGCGCUGCAAACGGGUGAAGAGGUUCCAGGAGAAUUAAUCAACGAAAAAACAAUAAAACUAACAAACCAUGAAACGCCAUUGAAGAAGAUCAGAACUCACCCAGCCGUGUAUUAUUCAAGGAUGUCACCUCAACAUUCGCUUUCGCCUCUGACGAUGGGAAAUGAAAACCCAAAGAAAUAUUUUAUGUCUGGUUAUACGGGAUUUGUCCCUCGGGCAAGAGGCCUUAUUGGAAGUGGAUAUCCAACGAUUAGUAAUAAAGGUCUUUGUGACUUUACGGACGAAUGUGAAAGGUUGAAGAAUGUUAAAUCAAAACCAGUGAAAGUUCAUCGUCAUAUUGUCAAGAAGAAUGAAAGUAAACCGUUGUAUUUGAAAGAUACUGGAAUGGUGCCACAUUACACUGGACAUGUUCCCGGUGAAAAGUUUAGAUAUGGUCAAACCUUUGGAUUCAGUACGAAGAACGCUCGACAGCCUAUCGAAACAUUCUAAAAAGAACUGUAAGGUUUGGGAAACCCUGUGUGAUGAAUAAUGUAAACUAAGCUUAAACAUUUCAGAUCAUUUAUUAUAUGCACAUUAACACCAAAAUUAUAUUCCAAAAGUCAUUAUUCGAGAGAGAAAAAACUUUACCACAUAAUGUUAAAUAAUGUUACCACAAUUACAAUGUCUCAACUGCC